AUCGCUGGACAUGACAUCGUUUAGCGACUCGAAGCGACUUGAAUGCCGGUUCUAUGAGGAGCCCUUUCCUGAGCUGGAAUCGCUGGUGAUGGUUAAUGUGAGGAACAUCGCGGAGAUGGGAGCCUACGUGACCUUGCUGGAAUAUAACAACAUCGAGGGCAUGAUCUUGUUGAGUGAGCUGAGUCGGCGGCGGAUCCGAAGUAUCAACAAGUUGAUCCGCGUGAAUCGAAACGAAGUGGUGAUGGUUCUACGCGUUGAUAAAGAGAAGGGUUACAUUGAUUUGUCAAAGCGACGUGUGUCUGCAGAAGACGUGGCAAAAUGUGAAGAGCGUUACAACAAGGCGAAAGCGGUGCAUCGGGUCAUGCGACACGUGGCAGACCGAUGUGGGCAGACUCUGGAGGAGCUUUACCAGAUAGUAGGUUGGCCAUUAUACAAGAAGUACGGGCAUGCCUAUGACGCUUUCAAGCUAUGCCUGAGCGGUGAGACCGAAGACGUCUUUGAGGCAUGUCCUGGCAUGGACACUGAGACCAAGGCUUGUCUCACAGACUAUGUGAAGAAGAAACUCUCACCGCAGCCAAUUAAGGUCCGUGCGGACAUCGAGGUUACUUGCUUCACCUACGAAGGAAUAAAUGCAAUUCGUGAGGCUCUCUUAAAGGGCCAAGAGGCUUCAAUAGAUGAUUGCCCAAUCCAGAUCAAGCUUAUUGCUCCACCUAUGUAUGUCAUGACAACUAUGACCCUUGAUAAGGACCUUGGCAUUCAAACCCUCACUGCGGCCAUCGCUGCUGUUGCGGAUAUGAUUUUAAUCAAGGGUGGAAAAAUUGACGUCAAGAUGGCGCCUAAGGCUGUCUCUGCACGAGAGGAAACGGAGCUUCAAGCUAUGAUGGACCGUCUCGCUGCAGAGAAUGCAGAGCAAGAUGGAGAUGAUGAUGAAGAUGAGCAAGAUGAUUCUUAGUUACUCCGCAAGCUCAUUAGCAUACGGACCGCGGGUAUAUCAUUGCUGAAUCCUACGUUGCAUUGGUCGGUGGUGCAAGCGGGAAAUUCGACGCGGCCCCUUCUGGGCGCGCCUGGGUACUUGGCGCCAAAUCACGCGUUUAUCACGCAUGAUUAACGGCGCUAUUAACGUGGCCCAGGCGAACGCGCGAAGAACGACGCGUCCUAGUUUAUACCCCACCCGCGCCCCCGGCGCCUGAGUAAAGCCCCCAGCCGCCGA